ACAGUCUUAUAAAUCGCUAGCUACCCUUUAUAAACCUCUCCUUCCACCACAGACAAAAUUAAAACAAUCAAAAAAAUAAAAAUAAAUAAAAUAAAAUAAAAAAAUAAAUUAAAAGUAAAAAUACUCAAGAUCCAUGGACUCCUCGAUGAUGAUUCUGUUCUUCGUUGGAUCCCUCUUCCUCCAGGGAGCUCUUGGUGACAUUACCUGCGAGUAUCUGCCAGCAAAUGUUUGUUCGUUUGCGAUCUCGUCGUCGGGUAAGAGAUGUUUGUUAGAAAACUCAGUGACGAAUGAGGGGAAUAAGGUGGAAUACCAGUGCAAGACGUCAGAGGUUGUAGUGGGAAGUAGCGUGGGGGAGCACAUAGAGACAGACGAGUGCGUGGAAGCAUGUGGGCUCGAUCGGAAAUCCGUGGGUCUCUCCUCGGAUUCCUUGCUCGAGUCGUCUUUCACCGCGAAGCUUUGCUCCUCCUCCUGUUACCAGAAUUGCCCCAAUGUCGUCGACCUUUACUUUAACCUAGCUGCCGGUGAAGGAGUGUACUUACCGGAUCUAUGUGAGAAGCAAAGGAGCCACACUCGACGUGACAUGAUUGAGCUUAAGAGCAGCAACGGCGAGAUGGCACCGGGUCCUUCAUCCGAAGAGGGUCUUGUUGGCGCUCCACAGAAGAGCCCUCGCCGUGCCAUGGUUGAGCUUUCCAGCGGCGCGCCUACCCCCACUGAUGAUGAUGAUGUCGCUGCCCCAUCUGUCUAAUUGAUCGAGGAAACAGCCCAGGCAGGGACUCUUGCAUUGGGUCGUUCAUUCAUAUUUAUGAAUGACAGAAGUAGAAAA